AUGUCCGAUCCAAUAUCUGAUGUUAUUCUAAACAUUCCCAAGAUAUUGAUUCAAACGGAUGGAAAGAACAUUUUCCAAACAGUACACGAAAAAAUUGAUUUCCGGAUCAUUCAUCGAUCUAAAAAGAGUUCGUCAGUACAAGAGCUGAGCAAGUAUAAUAACAACAAUCCAACGGG